AGAAUUGCAAAUGAACUAUCAGGGAAGUUGAUUAUUAAUCCAGCAAGAGAGAAAAUAUCCUUCCAGUUAGCAAGAAUUAGUACCUGAAGAGCUGAUAAUAUUGUUCAGCCUGUCGGUGUGGAAUGGCAAAGUCAGAAGAAUGUCUUCCAAGCAGGCUACCUCUCCAUUUGCAUGUGCAGCUGAUGGAGAGGAAACAAUGACCCAGGAUUUAGCAUCACGAGACAAGGAAGAGGGCAACAGUGAUCAGCAUGCGCCCUCUCAUCUGCCUCUACAUAACAUAAUACACAACAAACCUCACUCUGAGGAGCUACCAACUCUGGUCACAACCAUCCAGCAAGAUGCUGAAUGGGAUGGGGUCAUCUCAGCUCAACACAGAAUGGAGUCAGAGAGUAAUAAGUUAUGUUCCCUAUAUUCCUUCCGAAAUACCUCUACCUCACCACACAAGCCCGACGAAGGAGGUCGUGAGCGCAGUGAGCUAAUGACCAGUGUUAAUUUUGGAACGCCAGAACGCCGCAAAGGAAGCCUUGCUGAUGUGGUGGACACAUUGAAGCAGAAGAAACUAGAAGAAAUGACGAGGACUGAGCAAGAAGAUUCAUCCUGCAUGGAAAAGCUACUUUCUAAAGACUGGAAGGAGAAGAUGGAAAAAUUAAACACAAGUGAUCUCCUUGGAGAAAUUAAAGGUACCCCAGAAAGCCUGGCAGAAAAAGAGCGACAGCUCUCUACCAUGAUCACCCAACUGAUCAGCUUACGGGAGCAGCUCCUGGCUGCCCACGACGAGCAGAAAAAGCUGGCAGCUUCACAAAUUGAAAAACAACGGCAGCAAAUGGACCUUGCUCGCCAACAGCAAGAACAGAUUGCAAGACAACAGCAGCAACUUCUGCAACAGCAGCACAAAAUCAAUCUACUGCAGCAGCAAAUUCAGGUUCAGGGUCACAUGCCUCCGCUCAUGAUCCCAAUUUUUCCACACGACCAGCGGACGUUGGCAGCGGCUGCUGCAGCCCAGCAGGGAUUCCUCUUCCCCCCAGGAAUAACUUACAAGCCAGGUGAGAACUACCCGGUGCAGUUCAUUCCCUCCACGAUGGCAGCUGCCGCCGCUUCUGGACUCAGCCCUCUGCAGCUCCAGCAACUGUACGCAGCUCAGCUGGCUAGCAUGCAAGUUUCUCCUGGAGCCAAGAUGCCGUCUACUCCGCAGCCACCAAAUACGACAGGGGCACUCUCACCCACUGGCAUGAAGAAUGAGAAGAGAGGGACCAGCCCCGUAACUCAAGUUAAGGAUGAAGCAGCCCAACCACUGAAUCUUUCAGCCCGACCCAAGACAGGUGAACCUGUCAAAUCCCCGACAUCUCCAACGCAGAACCUCUUUCCAGCCAGCAAAAACAGUCCAGUGACUGUGACGAGCAAGAGCGGCAUCCCCAGCCCUCUCGGUGGAACCCUGGGAAGAGGAUCCUCUCUAGAUAUCCUUUCCAGUCUUAACUCACCUGCCCUAUUUGGGGACCAGGACACAGUAAUGAAAGCCAUUCAGGAGGCUCGAAAAAUGAGAGAGCAGAUCCAAAGGGAGCAGCAGCAGCAGCAGCCGCAUGGUGUUGAUGGAAAAUUGCCCUCCAUGAAUAACAUGGGUCUAAACAACUGCAGGAAUGAAAAGGUAAUGUCUCCUCUUACUACACU